CCCAAUUAAUCGUUACCGAGAACAACACAUGCCAGUUCCAACUGGUUCCAACCAAAGAGUAUAUAUCCAACACUGUUAAGCUAGAAUCCCCACCCCAGCCCAACCCCAGCUUCCAAAGAGUGAUAAGCCUGUUUUACACGAUUAUAUCUUCAUUUUUCGCUGGUACAGAAAAGAAACAGACUAUUCACAUGUCUUGUGUGUUUUUUUCUACAAUCGUCGACGUAACAUUAGUAAAGCCCUUGACGUUUAAAAGACAUAGCUUCCUUUAACCUAUUUUUAGUUUUCGGCACCACACUUUGAAAAGUCUACUUUAUCAGAACUUUAUUCGUAAUAAAUGUGAUUUUUAUUUUUGAGUCCUAUGAUUACAUAAGGCUUAUUUGAAGCUGUUUGAAGAGUGGGGUAGUAUCGUGAAAUAUGAUUUGAAAUGCGCCUAGGCAUGCCAGAAAUUCUCUCUUGCUUUUGAAGUUUUUCGUCGAAUCGCAUUCUCUAAAGAAAAAGAUAAUCCACUGCUAAAGUUUGCUAACAAGUUUAUGAAUUCUUUGUUGCAUUGUUUUUUCCAAUUUUAAGUGCAAUAAUCAAAUUACUACAAAGUAAAACAAACGAAAAACAACUUUACAAAAAAGACAAGGAAAGUUGCAUUUAGUGACAGCUCAAAUAUAAGGGAUUACCUGCCAAUAUUUUUAUUAUGAAUAUCAUAAUGGCAAAUCAUUCAUCUUGGUGCAUUUGAGUAGGGUCCAUGAUAUGCUUUUGUUUCAACUGUAAAAGCUUUAUUGUGUCUAUGAAUUAGAAAAGUCAGUUAAAUAAUAAGGAUGAAACUGUUGUCAUGGGGAGCAAAUUCAUACAGCCAGCUUGGUCAUGGCGGAAUAUCAGAACAAUGUACAUUUCCUACAAGUAUAUCUGAUGAGGACGAGAGAUUGAAUCUUACGCGUGUUGUUGAUGUGAAGUGUGGAGGUGGUCACACUUUAGUUCUUGAUAAAGAUGGAAGAAUGUUCUCUUGUGGCUGGAAUAGUAAAGGACAACUGGGUUUGCCAGUUAGUUCUGCUUCGUUGUCUCUGAAAUGCAUGACGUGUGUGGAAGACUUGAAAAUUUCUCAUAUAUGCUGUGGAUGGGAAUCAAGUUAUGCUGUGACAUCAGGCAAAGAAUUACUCGUUUGGGGUUCAAAUUCAUUUGGUCAACUUGGACUAGAGAGGAGAGAAAUAUUUUUAUCCUCAACCCCUCUAAGACUUUCUUUGCCACCAGUAAAGACAUUAGCAACUGGGUUAAGGCAUACAGCAAUUGUCACUGAAAAUGGAAACAUAUUAGUUUGUGGGAAUGGCCGAAAGGGACAAUUAGGCCUAAUGGGAGAUGAUGGUGGCCCUCUUUUUGAAGAAACAAGACCUCACAUCAUUCCUGAUGUAAGUAAUGUCACUACUGUUGCAUGUGGACAAUAUCACACAGUAGUAAUAACAGAUGAAGGUCGUAUGUAUGCUUGGGGUGAUAAUAAACAUGGUCAAUUAGGCCUAGAUCCUACAUUACAUCCAUCUGUUUUCAAACCAGCUGAAAUACAUCUCUUUGGAAAUGAACAGCUGCCUUCUGAAUGCAGUAUUGUGUGUGGUUGGACCCAUACAGCCUUGGUCACUGGAAACGGAGAUAUAUAUAAUUGGGGGAGAAAUACUUAUGGACAGCUCGGAUGCUGUGGAUAUGAAAGAUCAGUUAAUUGGCAACCACAUAAGAUGGCCAAUAUUCACCGAGUAAAACAGUUGGCAGUUGGAUCAGAACACAAUAUUGCUUUAUUGGAUUCUGGAGAAAUUGUUAGCUGGGGUUGGAAUGAGCAUGGAAAUUGUGGAAUUGGUACAGAAAUGGAUGUGACUGAGCCAACACAUGUGAAAAUUGAUGAACAUUAUAAAGCAGUUCUUGUUAGUGCUGGUGGAGGUCAUAGCUUUGCCUUAAUUGAAGAUUAAUUGUUUAAAGUUACUCUGUGAUUUUAUUUUAAUUAUUAUGUUUGUUUUAAAAGCAUAGUUUUUUAAUGCAUGUAGUUUUUGUGUAAAAAUAAAUAUUAUAUUACUUUAAUAUACAUUAAUU